GCAGUCUCCGCCCGCCCGCCCGUCCGCCCGCUGGAGGAAUAGCCAUCGCUCUAGUGCCUUCGCCGAGCCCGCUAUCCGGCAUCGGUGGCAACGGGCUCCAUCAACAGUCGGUCUCUGAGUGCAGUGGGCUCCCGGGACGAGGAUGGCAUGGUUUGGCAGGGUGAUGGUCUUUGCCUGCCUACUGGAGCCGUGUCUGAGCCUGGCGAUUUUCACGCCGCAGCACAGCCAGCCCGACCCGUGCUACGACGAGGCAGGGCAACCCCGGCGCUGCAUCCCCGACUUUGUAAACGCCGGCUUCGGCCGGGAAGUGCAGGCUUCCAGCACGUGUGGGUCGCCGCCCAGCACCUACUGCUUCCCAACAGAAAAAGGGGGCGGCCGCAGCCGGACGUGCCGGACCUGCGACGCCUCGGACCCCAGGAGCGCGCACCCCACCGCCUACUUGACCGACCUGAAUAACGCGCACAACCUGAGCUGCUGGCGCUCGGAAAGCUUCUCGCAGCCGUCGCACAACGUCACGCUCACACUGUCCCUGCACAAGAAGUUCGAGAUCACGUACGUGAGCCUGCAAUUCUGCUCGCCGCGCCCAGAGUCCAUGAGCAUCUAUAAAUCGAUGGACUACGGCCGGACCUGGGUUCCCUACCAGUUCUUCUCCGCGCAGUGUCGUCGGGUAUACAAUAAGCCCAACAGGGCGCCCGUAACCAAGCAGAACGAACAGGAGGCCUUGUGUUCGGACGGCUACUCUGACCUGUACCCGCUGAGUGGGGGGCUAAUCGCCUUCAGCACGCUGGACGGCCGUCCCUCGGCCCAGGACUUCGACAACAGCCCUGUGCUGCAGGAUUGGGUGACGGCCACCGAUAUCCGAGUAGUGUUCAGCCGGGCACACACACUGGGCGACGGCGGGUCCCGGGAGAGUUUCCAGUACGCGGUGGCCGACCUGCAAGUGGGCGGCCGCUGCCGCUGUAACGGCCACGCGUCCCGCUGUGUGAACGACAAGGACGGCUACCUGGUGUGUGAUUGCAGACACAACACGGCCGGAGCCGAAUGCGAUCGCUGCAAACCCUUCCAUUAUGACCGGCCCUGGCAGAGGGCGACUGCCCGCGACGCCAACGAGUGCCUGGCAUGUAGCUGCAACCUGCAUGCCCGGCGCUGCCGAUUCAACAUGGAGCUUUACAAACUCUCUGGCCGAAAGAGUGGAGGUGUUUGCCUAAAUUGCCGACACAAUACGGCAGGACGACAUUGCCACUAUUGUAAGGAAGGAUUCUACCGAGACCUCACCAAGGCUAUUACACACCGUAAAGCUUGCAGAGCCUGUGACUGUCACCCCGUUGGAGCUGCUGGUAAAACAUGCAAUCAAACAACAGGACAGUGUCCGUGUAAGGAUGGCGUGACAGGCAUCACAUGUAACCGGUGUGCCAAGGGUUACCAGCAGAGUCGGUCUCCAGUCGCUCCUUGUAUAAAGAUCCCAACAGCGUCGCCAAGGUGGGUGGCAAGCAGCACUGUUGAACCUAUUGACUGUGAAUCAUACUGCAAACCUGUGAAAGGCAACUUGAAGAUUAACAUGAAAAAAUAUUGCAAGAAAGACUAUGCCAUUCAGGUGAAUGUUCUGGAUAUGAACACAGUGAGUGAAUGGGCAAAGUUUACUGUGAACAUCAUUUCAGUAUAUAAGAGCAGAGACGAGAGGAUUAAGCGAGCAGAACAAUCUUUGUGGAUAAAUAUGAAGGACUUGGCUUGCAAGUGUCCAAAGAUCCAAAUGAGCAAGAAAUACCUCGUGAUGGGGACCUUUGACAGCUUGUCUGAGAGGCUUGGAGGUCUCCUGGCUGAUAAAAACAGCCUUGUCAUUCAGUGGCGAGAUGUCUGGACAAGACGACUUCGAAAAUUCCAGCGCAAAGAGAAAAAAGGGAAAUGUGGAAAAGCUUGAUUGAUCAGUUCUGGAGAAGCUUUAAGAGGCAUCUUGAGCUGCAAUUUCAACAUACUUUGGGUUCAAAAUACAUCCUUCAGCAAUUGCUGAAAGGUAAAUUAGACUGUGACAAGGAGACAGGAGGCUAUAAAUGACAUGAUAUUCUCCACAGCUUGUUACACGAACUGUUGGCUGAAUAUGCUUUGCAAUUGAGCAUUCCUUUUUUAAAUGUGCCGAUGACUCCUUUCUAUGGGUAAAGGUCAGCCCACCAUAGAAGGCUUGUUCUUUGACCCAAGAGCCAAGUUAGUAUUUGACAGAAGGACAUUCCCACCUUGUCCUGCCCGUUGUCGCCAUCCACCCUCGCACCCUAAAAGCAGUAUCUUUUUUUUUUGCCUGUUAUGACUAACAUUUGAGACAAGAUGUGAUAAUUUAUGUGAGGCCAACAGCUGUGCUGAACAUAGAGUGUAAAUAUGGACUGGUUCCAAUAUUUUUAGAGCCAGAUUGUUGGCACUCAGCAAGUGAAUUGUUAACAUUGUGCAUUUUGAGCUGUGAUUUCAAAAUAUCCAGUUUCAAUUGGAUUUCACAAAGUGCAUCAGUAUUGUAAAACUUUCAAUCUGACACACAAUCCUUCAGCAUAAUAACUCCUGCUAUAUUCCAGUGGUCCUUUGUCACACUGUCAGGGGAGCUAUAAAGAUAGUCACCUCAAAAUCAUCCUCUCAGAAUCAGAAAAUUACAAAGAUAUCAGCCUUGUCUAAGUGGUGCAACUAUCAACUCUGAGUGAUCUGUUAAAAAUUAUUCCAAGUUAAGAUGUUCAAGGUCCCUUCCAGUUGAGUAGAUCUGACCCUGGCUUCUUCUUGAAGCCCUGCCUACUUGCACAUAGAGAUCCUGGGAUAAUAUUCACAACAGAGCAGACACUUCAGAACAAGUUGGCCUCAAACAUUUCUGUUGAUUGGCAGUGCCUUGAGAAGCCUCAGCAUGUUUUGUGCAAGGGCUGAAAAUUCUGCCUCUUUGGAUUCAAGAAACGUAGUGCAGCAUCCCUCAGUACUAACUACAUAACCGUUCCUUCAGUACUGACCACUCGAACAUAAUCUCAGUAUUGACCACUCAACCGUUCCCUCAGUACUAACCACUCAACCAUUCUCUCAGCACUGACCACUCAAACAUAACCCCAGUACUGUCCACUCGACCAUAACUUCAGUAUUGACCACUCAAUUGUUCCCUCAAUACUGACCACUCAACCAUUUCUUUCGUACUGACCACUCAACUGUUCCCUCAGGACUGACCACUCAACUGUUCCCUCAAUACUGACCACUCGACUGUUCCCUCAGUACUGACCACUCAACCAUAUCCUCAGUACUGACCACUCAGCUGUUCCCUCAGUACUGACGAGUCAAGCAUAAUCUCAGUACUGACCACUCAAACAUAACCUCAGUAUUGACUACUCGACUGUUCCCUCAGUACUGACUACUCGAUCAUUCCCUUAAUACUGACCACUUGACCAUAACCUCAGUACUGGCCACUGGACUGUUCCCUUAGUACUGACCACUCGACCAUUCCCUUAAUACAACAGUGAAUUACUGGUUUAUUAUACACCCACAUAGCUAGAAUGAGGCUUGAUCCACAGUCUAUGAACUCGGAGGCAAGAUCGAUUCCUACUCAGACCCCGCUGUCACCAAGCAAUACACAUGUCUAUCCCCUUCAGAUUUUUUUUUUACCUUCUUCAGCAGAAAACUCCCAUAAUUAUCCUAGAGCUUCCCAAGAUCUUAAAUUUGUUUGCACUUGUGCAUGACAGAGAAUGUUCAUUAUAUGUCCUUAUGUUCAGGGCCUUUGCACAGUUAAAGCCUCAGUGUAAUAUCCUAACACAUUAUAGACUGAAUUAGCUAACCACUGGCUGAAAGUUCAAAAACAUCUUUAAUGUAUUAAAUUUCUGCUGGUUUUACUGAUUAAAAAGGCAUAACUCUGGAAUAUUGUAAACUGUAUUAAUACUGCUUUACUGGUGCUCCUGCAUUUUGCAUGUGUUACUCUGGAUUCCCUGCAUCUGCAUAAUCUUUAUGUUAAAGUUGUUUUAAUCUUUGAUAAAUGGACUUCAUUCAUUGUUUGCUGGUGUUGUACUCAAACACUGUGACUUGCUGAAAAUUUGUGAAUUAUCAGUGAAAUGCAGCACAAUGCCAUCUCAUUGCCCUGUCAACUGGCAUCUUUGGUGCCAACAAUAAAGGUGCCAAUGUCUUGUUGCCCCAUUCCUCUUAUUCCUGGGCUUUAAUAGCCUAAGAUUAAUAAAUCAUAUUUCUAUUUCAGGCAGAUACGUUUUUCUGAAGUAAUUCAAUGUAAAAUAUUUACAUAUGUUCAGUGCAGUAAAUAACUCAUUAUUUGAGUUAAAAGUGAACCAUUUUAGGCUCUGUUUAGAGGGAGAUUUACUCUGUGUCUGAACCUUGUUGUCCCUGUCAUGGAAUGUGCGCAGACCCAUGCAAAGGGAAUAUGUGACAGGAUAGGCAGAGGGAUCUUUACUCUCCAAAUUUUUACUUAAUGACAGUAGAACCAGCCAAUCUCACUAAACUUGUCAAUAUAUUAACUGGUGACCUGCUCAGUGUUCAGUUGAUUUCAGUGGUGUUUGAACAGGGUGGUUAUGGGAUAAAACAGAAGCACAUGAUUUUACUAGGAAUAUUUGAUGAAACAGCAUGGACAGUGUAAUUUCUCUAAUGAAAGCCAUCUGAUGUGCUAGUUCAGGAGAGUAGUUUGUAUUCCAUCUCAAUAAAUGUAUACUAGCAAGAGUGAGCAGUGACUUGAGCUGAUCAAAAACCGCAAUGGUGAAAGAAGUUACCUUGAUGCGUCAUGAUUUCUGAGAUGGCUUUCUAAUCCCAUUCAUUACUUGUUAAUAGGUUAUCUAUGACUUAACUUUGCCAGUAGAUCUUCAGGUUACUUGUUAAUACCUUAUUGAUGGUUUACCUUUGCCAAUAGAUCUGAAUUAUGAUUAUAAAUAAUUCUGACCACAAUUCCAAACUGUUAGCCUAAUGAUCUAGGACUGCUAUUCUUUCUACUUCACCAGUUAUGUAAAGGCAAAGAACAGGAGUUUAUCAUUUUCAGGAUAAUAGAAUGAAGCCCGCUGCAUAGAAUGGGACCUUUGUACACAGACAUCACAGUGCAUGCAAUUAGAAAUGCCAUGAUUGUCCUGGUGGGUAUGCUGGACAUUUCCAUGGAGGCUCCAGAAAUAAUGCCACAAAGGUCCUAGUGUUCUCAAUUGGCAUUGCCAUGAAGGAACUAAAGUGGAUGAUUAGAGCUGCCAAGAUGGUCACAGCAUGUGCAACCAAGAAGAUUCUGGUGUACAUACUGGCAGUGUAAUUUCACCUGUGGAUCCACAGUUGGAUUUGAAGGCUAGCAACCAGCAUCUUGUAUUUCUGUAUCAUAAGCUCAACCUUCACUACUUGUUUUACAUAGUCACCUGUUCCUUGUAACUGCAAUUUUGGAUUUACAUUGAGCAGUCCAAAAUAUUCCAGUUAUGUUAAUUGAGAGGAAACUUAAAGGCUCUUGAGGCCACCGGGAACCCAGUUUAUACCUUCAUUGUAUGCUUUUUUCAACAGUAGUGUAAGAUCUGAAUUCUGUAAAUAUGCAUGAAAAUAUUUUACCUUAUUUAUAAUAUUUUUAAUGUUUAUAUG